AUGAACAAAGAAAAUGAAAACUUGAAGAAAUUUGAAUUUCAUGAUGGUGAUGGUUAUGACAAAAACAUGUAUAACUGUUCAAAUCUGGAAACUUUAUUUCAAAAUAAAGAAGAACUAAAAUCAAUUAUUAUGAAACUAGUUCGUUCUGGUGAUAUUUCCAAAUUAAAAAUGUUAUUUCAAUUAGUCAGUGCAAAUGAUUCUUCUUGUACGAAUCAAUGGUGUUCAAGUAAACUUGCGGAGAUUAAAGAUAAUAAACAGCGUAAUUUAAUACAUAUUGCUUGUAAAUAUGGGCAUAAAGAAAUGAUUGUGUAUCUUGUUCACAAUUUACAUUUAUCAGUUACAAAAGUUGAUCAAUCUGGAAAUAAUCCUGGACAUAUUCUACUAAUCCAUGCCCUUAAAUCAAUUAAAGGAAGUUAUAGAAAGAAAAGACGACGGAGUUCCAAAUGUACCAUAAGGAAUUAUAUUGAUUGUUGUGAAUUAUUAAAAAUUGUUUUACAUAAACACUCGAAUCUUCUCACUAUCUCAAAUAAACGAGGACUAAAAGUGAUCGAUUUAUUGCAGGAAUUAUGGAAUUAUUCAUCAAAAACGGAACGAGAAAUCGGUGAUAAUAUUUUAAAAUGUAUUUUAUCCGAUGAUAACAGCAACAGUAAUACUUCGAAUAUCCACAAUAAUAAUCAUACAGCUUCGUCGUCGUCCUCAUCACCAUCACGCCUAUUCAAAAAAACAGAUUAUAAUGAUAAAAUGUGUUCAUUUUUAUCAGAUUCAGAUGAGGCAAACAAUUCAUCAAAUGAAUGGGAAGAUUAUUUCUCAGGUUAUUCUGAUAAACCAUACAAAUCCCAUUUGGAUAGUAUCAGAGAGGAAUUUGAAUACCGUAAUCGAACUACAGGUGUACCUCAUAAACCACCAAAAUGCCAGCAAUCGGAAAAAAAAGAAAGUAAAUACUCCGAAUUCUAUGGAAAUUUUGAAGCGGCUGAAGAAUUAUCGGCUGCGAGAUUGUUAAAACAUAAUUCAAGGCAGCAUUUUGUCGAAAACUCUUAUGAAACUUACCUAAAGAAAUGGAAACAGUUUUUAAACUCAGAUCAAAGUACUCUUCUAAAUUACAAAGAUAUACCAUGGCCCCCCUUCUGUACAGUAAACCAAAUAAAUUCAUCAGAAUCAACGCACAUUGAGAGUAUUUUGGAAUUCGUUCAAUAUUCUAGUCAGUCAUUACGUCAAUUGCAAGUUGAUUGGCAUCCAGAUAAAUUUUCUGGACGUUUUGGAACACGUUUUAAAUCAGAGUCUGUAAAAAUAAAUGUUAUGAAACGUGUUGUAAGUAUAUCUCAACUUUUAAAUAAAGCUACUGAUUAUUUACGCAAAAAAGAUGAAGCUAAAUAAUCAAGAAAAAUGUCAUCGUUUGUUGUGAUUUAAUUUAUU